AAACCCCGACCUUUUCCAUAAGUGGUUUUGUUCUUUAGUUCUUAACGAUCUGUAGCAGAAAACUGUAACCAGUGACGCCUCUGUUUAAACGGAUCCGUUAUGGUCAUUCCCUUUACUCACUCCGUCACCGGUUCCCCUCAUUUCCGUCUCUCUUCACUCCGUCAACCCUAACGCCGUGUCUCUUUCUCUCUCUUAUCCUAAUUCCCCCCCUUUUCUCCUCUCUCAUGGCCACCGAUUUCCCUCUACUCACCGAUCCCCACGCGCCUCCCACUCACGCGCCUACGCGCCUCCGUGACUGCGAGUCUAUCAGCGGGGGAGACUAUUAUGCUCCCUACGAAGAUUCCGAAAAAUCCGGAUCUGGCGUCAAAACGACAUCGUCCUCGAAACGACACCGCAGCAACCACCACCACUACAACAACAGCAACAUCAAGAAGCAAAAACCUAACGGAGGAACUGGAGAAUCAGAACCAAACAUCAAUAAUAAAGCAACCGUCUCCGGUGCCGUGGAGUACCGCGCCGAUUACCGGAAGGACCGCGAGGAAUGGAGCGACACGGCUAUAUCGUGUCUGUUAGAGGCAUAUAAGGAGAAGUAUAAAGAGCUAAAUAGAGGGAAUUUAAGAGGGAGAGAUUGGGAGGAGGUGGCUGAGGCGGUGAGCGAGAGAGGAGGAGGGUAUAACGGCAAUUGUAAUAAGAAAAGUGUGGAGCAGUGUAAGAAUAAAAUUGAUAAUUUAAAGAAAAGAUAUAAAGUGGAGUUGCAAAGGAUUAAUACUAGUGGCAGCAGUAGUUGGCAUUGGUUGAAGCAGAUUGAAGUAAUCAUGGGGAAUUCUUGUAAUUCUAAGAUUGGUAGUGGUGGUGGAGAAAGCAGUGAAUGUGGCAGUGGUGCGAAUGUUAAUUUGGUUGCUAGACCACUUCGGAGAUAUUCACCAGGCAAUGUUGUCUUUGCAAGCAACCUGAAAGCUAAAUCAGUUCCUAAUUUAAAAUGGCGGAGAGUAGUAUUUAAAAUAAGUGGUGCUGCAUUGGCCGCUAAUUGUCAGAAUAUUGAUCCUAAGGUGGCAAUGCAGAUUGCCAGGGAAGUAGCAACGGCUUGCCAUCUUGGGCUAGAGAUAGCAAUUGUUGUUGGGGGUGGUAACUUCUUUUGUGGAGACUCAUGGAUAUCUGCUACUGGCUUAGACAGGCCUAUGGCAUACCAGAUCGGUAUGAUGGCAACAGUGAUGAACUCCAUAUUGCUUCAGUCAGCUUUAGAGAAGUUGGGUGUUCAGACCCGUGUGCAAAGUGCUAUUGCAAUGCCGGAUUUAGUUGAACCUUAUAGCAGGCAACGAGCCAUUCGACAUCUUGAGAAAGGAAGAGUUGUCAUAUUUGGUGGUGUCGGUGCUGGUUCUGGAAAUCCACUAUUUACUACUGAUACAGCUGCAGCUCUGAGGGCUUCUGAGAUUAAUGCAGAAGCACUCCUUAAAGGUACAAAUGUUGAUGGCAUCUAUGAUUGUCAUUCUGGUAAUACCAAUGUAAUACUGGAUCACAUACCUUUCAGGGAAGUGGUUUCCAGGGGGGUUACCUUCAUGGACACGAUGGCAAUCACAUACUGUGAAGAGAAUGGAAUUCCUGUUGCAGUCUUCAAUUUGCUUAAGCCUGGGAAUAUUUCUAGGGCAUUAUGUGGAGAUCAAGUUGGCACCUUGAUUGAUCAAGCAGGAGGGAUUGAUUAGCUAAUAUGCACAUGAAACCUUUUCUGUACCAAUGCUUUAAAGGCCAGUGGUAAAUGCUCAUGUAUUUUUGCAAAAUGCUUUAACUAUUAUGCGACUAAGGUGCCAGCUCAUGUCUAUAGAAGAUUUCCAUCAAAGUGCCAGCUCAUGUGUAUAGAAGAUUUCCAUUAACUGGAUAUCAGCUGGUAAAUGAGGUGGGAAGAGGAUGUCUGUACACAGCCUGCACCCAACCGAUGGGCUUUAAAUCCUCAGAAAUUGCCAGAUUCUUCCCCAUGGUUACAGGGUAAAAUGUUUUCAGGCUCGAUAUCACUUCACUGUUUGUAGCUUGUACACAUUAUAAUUUGUUCUGUAUUUGAAAUGUUAGCAGUAGAUAGAAAGAAAGCAAGAAAAUGUGACUCAUUUUUCAGUAA